GUCGUUUCCAGGCCCUUGCUUUAGCAUCCAAUAUGGCGGACAAGAAGGACAACAAUGUCGACGAAGAAAGGAGCAGAUUUCUCCAGUCACUGCUGAACAGAGGACCCAACAAAAGGCAAAUCAAGCCAGUAGAAAACAGUCCACUAUUGCAGUUUGUUUUGGGAGAAGAUGAAGACGAGGACGAAGACGAAGACUUUGAUUUUGAUGAACAUGCUGAAGUUGGUUCAGGUAGCGAUGAGGAUGAAGCAGACAUUGAUGCAUCAGCUUACUCCAAAGAUGGAAUCAAAGAAAAUGAUGAAGAUGAUCAAAGUGAAGAGGAUGAUGACAGUAAUGAUGAAGAUGACGAYGAUGAAAUCAACAAGGGACCAACACUUUCUGUUGGUGAUCUUAUAGCAGCAAUGAAUGCCAAGAAUGACAGGGCUCCAGCUCCUUUGAAGCCUACCUCUGACGUCAUUAUCUGUGGGAUCUGUAUGGAUGACGUAAGUGAUGAAGGUGAUGAGAUAGUAGAAUGUGACAACUGUGGAAUUACAGUUCAUGAAGGUUGUUAUGGMAACAUCAAUGAGCAAGAUAGCGAUAGUGGUAAAAGCAAUGAUACUGAUUCUCCUACAGAGCCUUGGUUUUGUGAUGCUUGUAAAGCUGGUCUUCAACCUGACUGUGAACUUUGUCCAAAUCUUGGAGGGAUCUACAAGGAAACAGAUUCUGGGCAGUGGGUUCAUUUGCUAUGUGCUUUGUACACUCCUGGUGUUGCAUUUGUUAAUCCAGAGAGACUACAAUGUGUUACUCUGACUGAGUUGCCUCCGUAUAAAUGGGGAGCUAAGGAGUGUAGUCUAUGUGAAGACGACAGGUWUUGCAGGACUGGUGUUUGUAUUGGUUGUGAUGCUGGUUUAUGUCGGACAUACUUCCACGUUACAUGUGCACAGAUUCAGGGUUUGUUGUCAGAUGUGCCAGAGGAAUGUGAUGAGGAUGUUGCUGAUCCUCUCUAUGCACAUUGUAAGCAGCACGCUGAUAAAACAAUUACUAAAGGAAGACGCCGAGCAUGGCUGGCCUAUAAUGCAAGAUUAAAGAAAUCUGGCGAAAGAAAGUCACCCGAGGAAAAGGAAAGAAUUGAGCUAUCUCUGAAAGAAAUUCAAAAACGUGUCCAAGAAGAAAAAACUAAAUCUCCAAAUAAACCACUUUACACACCUACUGAAAAGGUUCCACGUCUUCUUUCUUCUUGCCCUGGAGCAUGUCGACAUUUAUUCAAGAAAGCAGUUCUGCUUGGGUUUACAACAGAUCAAACAAGAGACGUUGUACAUGUUCGUAGAAAGUGGUUGGUUGCUCCAGCAAUGACUUGUGAGUUUGUAAACUAUUAUCACGACCGUGAUUCACGUAUCAAGGACAUGCAAGAACGACAAACUAAACUCAAAACAAACAAUAAACAGCUUCAAAUUGAAGAACAAGCUUUACGAGAGAAAGUUGACAUGCUGACUAGCAAUCUUCACGGUCUUACAACUAUACUGAAACAAAAUCGAGAAGAAGGAACGCUGCUACAUCAACUGCUAUGUCAACUUGCUCAGGAGGAACUCAAAAUACCAGAUAUUUUCAAAUCCAGAAAGGCUAAAAGAAAAAUAUCAGAGUCUUCUUCAAAACACAUCGAAAUUCACCCGUGUGCGAAGUGCAAUGAAACCACCAAUCCGCAUUUAAUGGCAGAGUGCGACACUUGUCAUAAUUAUUACCAUCUAGCAUGUGUUGACCCACCCCUAACCAGAAUGCCUAGGAAGUCAGCUAAUUGUUUAUGGCAAUGUUCAGAAUGUGAUCCAAGCGAUAGUGAAGAAGAGAUGGAAGUUGAUGUUGGUGAUAAUACCCCGAUAUCUCAAAGUCGACAACGAAGGACCAUCAAGGAACCAACGAAGUUUACCCCAGACAAGGGAGAGCCAAAACGUAUGAAGGUUUUCAGGAAAAGAAAAGCUUCACAAGACGUCGCUCCGUCGCCUGCAGAAGCAACUGCGCCAAGAAAACCGAAGCUGGAACCCAAACCGAGGCCAAAGCGAGAGAAAAAGGCUCGUAAAGAGAAAGUGCAAGAUAAGCGUACUGACUGCAUCAAGUGUAAAAAGGAAGGCGAUAACACUACUCUCGUGAGAUGCGACAAUUGUAAACUUUGUUAUCAUUUUGGUUGUUUGGAUCCGCCGGUCAAGAGCAACCCUAAGAAACGAGGUUAUAUGUGGUAUUGUACCGAGUGCGACGAGUCGGACGACGACGAAGAAGACGAGGCAGCUGAACCAGAGCAGAACAAUGACAGCAAAGACACGACGAAAGAAGACGACGAGACAAAAGGCGAAAACAAGGAAACUAGAAACAAGACCACAGUUGAAAWAGAUAAAGAAAAACAUGAGAAAAGAACAGAAGAAAAGACGAGUCAAACCAAAAAAUCCGACGAAAAACUCAUURACGAAAAGUCAAAACCACAAGAAAAGAAAAGCGAAGAGAAAAAAGUUGAUGGGAAGAGAAUAAAAGAUAAAGAGAAUGAAGAAAAGAAAGCAAUAGAGAAAUGAAAAGGGAAUACGUGUUUAAUAGGAAAGCUGAAAGAACAGGAAAGGAAAUUUGAAAUUGUGAAAAAAUAUAUCGGAAGAUAAAAUAAAUAAAC